AUAGUGAGCAAGAGCACAACCAAGUUUUAAACAGUCUUGUGUUUGGUCUCUGUGCACGUGUGGUGUUCCGGGGAUCUGCUUUUGCUACUGAAGGGUGAAGACUACUACAAAUCACACUAAUCAUGACAGGUAGGGAUGUUUGGGUUGGGUCCUGGAGACCACACAAGCCCCGAGGCCCCAUAGCUGCGUUCUACAGCAGCCCUGGACCCAAAUAUGCUCUUCCAGGGGCCACAGGUAUGAACUUUCAUGACCCCAGGAAGCUGAAAGGUGCUGCAUUUAGCUUUGGGACGCGCCACCGCCAGUUCUCUUCGGACUGCUCCCCCGGCCCAGGAUAUCUGGUCCCUUCCAAUAUCACCAGGGUGGGUCGAGAUGGGACUCCCGCUUACUCCCUCUACAGCCGGCCCAAGGACAUCAUGCUAUUCCAGACUCCUGGGCCAGGGCGUUACUCCCCAGAGAGGGCAGGAAAGUCAGCCUACUACUCUGCUCCUGCCUACUCCCUUUCUGCCAGGAGCAAAGGAUUCCUUAAUGACCAGACACCAGGACCUGCUGCCUACAUGCUGCCCUCUGUGCUCGGGCCAAAUACUGUGAACAAAACCUCAGCUCCAAACUUCUCCCUCCGCGGACGCAGCAAGAUUGGCAGCUUCGCUGAGGACCUGCAGAAGACUCCUGGCCCAGGGACUUAUAGAGUGGUGGACCCUUGCACCUACAAGCACAAGCCUGCCCAUUACAGCAUGACUGGCCGUAACAGCAUGCCUGGAGAUACCACCAGGAAACCAGGCCCUGGGGCCCACCAUCCUGAGCAGGUGACCUUCACAAGGGUCAAGCCUCCAAGCUUCUCUUUUGGAAUCCGCCACUCUGAGUUUAUUGCACCACUUAUUGUGGAUGUUGCUGAAUAAGUAUCUCUUCAUACCUCUUGCCAUGUUCCUUUUACCUAUAAAUAAACACGGCAGGAUUAACAAUCCUCGGCACUGAAAUAUGAAGAUUUAUUCUGAUAAUCCAGCUAUCAUAUACAAAUGUCUAUAGUGAAGAAUUUGUAGUGUUGAAAAGUUCUGUGCCAAGUAUUCAUGCUUUUAUGUCAAUGCCACUUCUGAUUUUAUGAUUGAAAAUCUGUGGACCAUUGAUAUUCAUUAUUAGAUUGUGGUUAAUUAUCUGUAAUGCAAAAAAAGAACCAACACAAAUAAUGAUUCGUUGUUUGCUAAAGCAGGGUUGCCACUGACAGUAUUAAAACCAUGGUGACUUAACUUGAAUAAUACCAAACGGGUAAAUCGCUGAUCCCUGGUGUCUUGUCUUUUGCACAAGAAAAUUAUGACCAAUGUUCACUAAGUUGCAACAUUGUAAGCAAUAAAUAAAGUAGUUUUUUCUACUGGCAAAUC